ACUCCGUGUACUUCCGCUUUCUUUUUGUUACUGCCAAAUGCCGACUUAUUUAGUACUUUAUAAGGGCAGCAUUGGGGUUUAUAACUCCCCGAAGUCAUUUCACUGUUAAGAUGUAUAUUGAUGCUAUGGGGCUUUUGCUCCUUCUUGUGCUUGAAGGCUCAGCUACAAUACAGAAAAAGUUAAACUAUUUUGAGACCUUGAAAACAGUUGAUAUUUCUUCAAGAAAAAGACGGUCUACAGAUGGAAGAGAGAGUUCCUUUUCGGAAGAAAUUAGUUUUCAAGCUUUGGGAAGGAGAUUCAACCUAGUGCUUCAGAUGGGAUCGCCUGUUCUCGCCCCAGAUUUUCAGGCAAAAGUAGUUUUAUCCAAUGGGAAAACAGUACCCUUUCACCUAAACAGAAAGAAUUUUUUCACCGGGCAUUUAGCAGAGGAUAAAUCAGUGUUGGUGGAUGGACAUUUUGAAGAGGGUAUCUUGUCAUCUAGUAUUCGUUUUCCUAAUGAAACUUACGUCAUAGAGCCUGCUUGGAGACAUCUGCCACCAUCAGACAAUCACACCAUGAUUGCUUAUCGUGGUUCUGACGUCAGAUGGGAUGAUGUGUUUCCAGAUGCUCAGAAACCUGGAGAAAGGAAAAAAUUCUCAGAUGGUAUAAGGCUAGACUUAGAGGAACAAUCAGAUGGUGAUAAUGUGUCCUAUGACAACAAAACAACUAAAACAGCAGCUGAGGCAAGUCGUAAAAAGCGAGCAGCUCUUGCAAGAAAUACUUGCCCCCUUCUUGUAGUUGCUGACUACUUGUUUUACAGUAGUGUAGGGGGAGGCAAGCGUGAAGCGACUGCCCAUUACAUUAUUGGUGUUAUUCAGAAGGUUGAUACUUUAUUUAAAGAAACUUUAUGGGAUGAAGCAGAUGGCUUGGUAAAGAUGGGAUUCCAAAUUAAAGAGAUGCUUAUUCAUACUGACUACACACCGCAGCCAGGGCACUACAAUGAAAAUGUCAUCUGGGGAGUGCGUGAUAAACUGGAUGCAUUCAGCAGAGAAAAGAAACUGAACAACUUUUGUCUGGGUCACCUGUUUACAAGCUAUCCAUUUGAUGGCAAUGUGUUGGGAUUGGCCUUUAUUGCUCCAGAGAGUCUUGGGUCUGCUGGAGGAAUCUGCUCUGUGUCCUCAAGGAUUCGCAGUGCAACAAUCUAUCCUAGAACUGGCUGGAGUUCUGCUAAAAAUGCUCAUGGGGAAAAUAUUUUGACACUUCAGUUUCAACUGGUCACAGCACAUGAAUUAGGACACAACUGGGGCUCUGAACAUGACCCUGAUACCGAUGAGUGUGGGCCCAGCAGUCGUGAUAAGGGCAAGUACGUCAUGUGGCCAUACGCUGUUUCCGGAUGGGAUGACAACAACAAAUUUUUUUCUCCAUGUAGCCGGCGCCUUAUUGCCCCUGUCUUGAGGGCUAAAUCCAGCCUUUGCUUUAUUGAAACCAUUGAAAUAACCAUCAAUUCUACAAAUGAGGACAAGCCAGUAGAGGGCGAAGGCAUCUGUGGCAAUGGGCUCAUUGACAAAGGGGAGGAGUGUGAUGUAGGCUUUCAGUCAGAAGAUUCAGAGGAUCCCUGUUGUACAAGUAGCUGCAAGCUCAGGCCACGUGCAAAGUGCAGUGACUUCAAUUUUGCAUGCUGUGAAAACUGUGCUAUAGCUGCGACUACUACAGUAUGUGAGGCAGAGAGCAAGCUCAGCUGCAUGAACAGAACUUUUUGCGAUGGGAAACAUUUGACUUGCCCCAAAGCAACUCCUGCUCAAGAUGGUACAAAGUGCAUUGGAAGAGGUGAAUGCUUUAAUGGUACUUGUAUGAGCUACUGCCAUGUGAAAGGUAAAAAAGAAGGGAGAGAUCUUGAACCCUGUAUCUGCGACCAGAAUACCACUGCAGCAUGUCGAUGGUGCUGUGCAGAGAUGAAAGAUGGAGUGAAAGGAGAAUGUUUUCCUACAGACAUUAAACUUAGCCAGGGUCAAACCUGCUAUAUUGGAUACUGCAGUGAGAAUGGAGUGUGUGUCCAGGUACAGCAGCAGCUAAUUCAGAGAAUCUUUGACUUCAUUCAGGACCUCGAUCCUAGCAAGUUAGUGAAGUUCAUGCGCAGUAAUGUUGUUGGUACAAUUAUGGUGAUGUCACUGAUCGUCUGGAUACCAGCAAGUUGGAUUUUCAGCUGUGUUGACAAGCGUGAAAUUAAAAAAGAAGAUGAAUAUUUGAAAAGAUGGGUUAGCAGAGAGCACAGCAUUCUAGGGCGAUCCAGAGAUGACUUGUCUCACUUUCACAUAAAGAAGUCCAGAUUCAGGCAGCUUCCUCAUGAAAAUGUUGUAAGGGGAGCUGGUGAUGCGUUUGGAUUUCCAGGAGUCAUUUACCUGGCCCAGCCCAGUCAUAGGCAGACUGUGUCAUCUGACGUUUUUACCUAUGACCCCGAGAUGCUCAAUAUUCGGAGCACAGACAUUCUAGAUGGAUCAAGUGGGGACAUCAAGGCUGACUCCAGUAACACAACAGAAGAGUUUCCUGCAGUACAAAAGGAUGCAGAUGCUAUUCUUCCUAGAGGUACUGCAACUAUAUGACUUAUGUUCGCACCUUCCCUGGCACUUCAUUUAGCUUACCUGCACACACAUUCUUGUUUAGUAUGUCUGGAGUGGACUGAUCGAGCACCUGUAGGUUUUCAGAUUUUGUAAAUGUCAAGACAGCCAAUUCAAUGUUGUCGCUGUUUGUGGUGUGCCAAUCUGUGUUGAGCAGAUGAAGAUGAACUGUGUAAAUCUGUUCUACCAUGAAAGAGUAAGCAUCCCAUUAUAAAACCUUCUUACAAUCAUCCCACCUUUCACCCAUUCCCCCAUCCCCCCCAAGAAAAAAAGAUCCAAACCCAUAUAUCCAGAAACUUUUGGCAAGUAUGGUGUUAAAAAAAUGAAGGAUGUCUCAGUAAAUAAAUAUGUUUAGUCAGUAUGUUGUACAAGGACAUUUGAGUGAUGUUUGCAAGACCUAUGUAUGAGUGGACUGUUGAUGUUGAUGAGUGACUCUUUCUCAUGAUGAUUCGUGAUAAAAGUAAGGCAUAGUUUUUCAGUCUGGCUCUUUUGAUGGUGAUUUUUGUUUGUUUGUUUGUUACUAUAUUGGUUGGUUGGAAUCACUUCCUCAGGGCUAGCAAAGACAAAGUUGAGUAAAUGCUUACUUCUAUCAUUCUGUCAUCUACCUGCUGUCUUCCAACUCCUCAGCCUAUUUGCAUAUGUUGAUGUUUUGAUUUAUUGGAGUGCUUUUAGGGACAAUUGUUAGACUUUUAAUUCAGCAUAUUUCUUAUUAUUGUCUUUUGGAUGUAAACUUUUGAAGAAACUCAAAUUUUGUAAAAUUCUUUAAUGGCACUUCAUUAGUACAAAAUCCCUUUGUCACUUUAUGAGAUGGCUGUGCUAGUGAUGAAAACUAGGGUUGUGCUUCAGUCUUUGAGAGUGAAUCAGCUCAUGUAUCAGUUUGGAGAGUAAAUUUUAAGCUUUUAUUUAUUGUAAUUAUUUAUUUGAGUAUGAAAUAUACUUUCAUCUCUUUAAAAAAAAAAA